UUAGAUCUAUCCAUCAACUAUAACUAACUGGUCUAAAUUGUGUCAAAGAUCAAAUUUGGCUUGCUGCACUUGGCGUGUGCACUGAAAUUGUGUGCCGCUGCCCUGGGCAUGCGCACUAAAAGAACCGACUUGCGCGGACAUUCCUAAAGAAGUAGUCACGAUUGGCGUUUAAUGGUGCAGAAAAUGUUGUCUUGAAGUGGUCACGAUUAAAUUGGCGUUUAUCUUGGGAGCGUAGAUAACCAGCCUGCCACUGAGACAGAUAUUAAUGGCCAGUUGACCAGCACAAGUUGGCCGGUCAGGUGACUUAUAAAUACCCGGCGCCUCUAGUACCAACGGUCUAGAAGCUGGUUCAGCUGGAGUACACGGCUACAGCUGGGGAAAUAUUUUCUGCUGUGCAAGUUCAUAAGCUACGCCGGGGGCAUAAGGAAAGAAAACUAAAAGCUUUAUUUCCUGUUGUAAAUAGCAGAAUAUAAAAAACCUAUCCCGGAAACCAUGAAUGGAUCUAACCAAGUAUAAAAGAGGAAGAUUUGAAACAUCCGACGUUUUGUGGUUAACUGGCGAACAUUAAGUUUGGAUUUCAUUCGUGGCUCAAGACAUUUUAUUUAGAGGUUAAUAAUUUUACAAUUAACAGAAUUCAAAGCUCCUUGGCGUCACAGCAAUACAGGGUGUUCGGCGUCACAGGAGUCGCGAGUGGAGUCUGGUCUUUCCAUUUGUGAUAGAUUGGUGUGUCAUGACUUAAGUCAUGUUGACUUUCUGUCUAGCACUUUUUCUUCUGGUGUGUUUUGACCUCAACACAAACAUGGUUCUCUCCGCCUUCACCGGCACGAGGUCCAAACAUUUCGUCAUUCAUCUAGAAUCUUCUUCCCUGGACUCUAGGCUCGGCUCUCCUCUGGACUACAAGGUCAGCUCGCCCUCAAGACAAAAGCUGGACCUUGGCCAGUCACCUACCAACACGGUGUUGUACAGAUCUCACAACAGAAGAAACACUACCAACUUCCUGUCUCAGAACAUUUCUCGUCGCCUCCCCAUCAUGCGGGGCCGGCAUUCUUGGACAAGGAAAACCGGAAGACGGUCUUUUACUUGGAGAACCGGCAAACGGUUAGCCGGCAUAACACGUGAUACGGGUGCUGCCAGCACUGAGCAGAUCUCAGACAAUCACGGUCCAGCUCUGUUAAGACAUUUAGUCAAGAGGCAGACAGAGAGUAUUACACCGGACUGUGGCUCAUUGGGCAACAGAUGCGCGGGCAUAUCUCUACGCCACUGCGUGCGCAUGUGUAUCAACAACGUCAUGAACGUUAGGGUGUGUAAGGUGGAUCGCCAAGGCACCAUUGGAUGUGUCGUGUUCUCUCAUCACCGCUAACAUAGGCUACAGAUUAUUUUAUUUUUAUUGAUUGCAAUCAUGGGAUGGCGAACAUUGGUGAUCAGCUGUCGCGUCAACCACUUCUCCAACCACGAUGAAUGCCAGUAUUCACAAACAGUAGAGCAAUCAAGUUCAUAAUUUGAUUACAUCUCACUUCAAGAGCCGAAUGAUCUCUACAAAACACACGAUCUCCGUCAUACUUCUUGUUUUUAUCACCUAUUUUAUUUUACCUGUUUUAACUCAUUUAAAAUUAAAUUUUGACUUAGCUUAAGUAACUAGCUUGUAUAAUGAACUUUGAGAAAUCUUAUGCUCAGAAUUUUCGAUUACAAGAUGUGUAUUAGGCUGACGAAGACUGUGUAUAUAUUGACCUUAAUUGUGUUUCUGUAAGUGAUGUUGACACUGGCAAUGGAAGCGGCAUUAAAUCGGGAGAGCUAUUGAGACAAAAAA